AUGCAAGAUUUUAUUCCUAGAUUAAUUUAAUCUAAAAAUCUUUAGAAUCUUAAAAUAUUUUUGCUGGAAAAUUAGCUUGGUGAUGAAGGAAUUGAAUGCUUAGCAAGUGGAUUAACUUAAUUAAAAUAGCUUUAAUAUUUAGAUAUUGAUAUUGGGCGAAACUAGAUAAAUGAUUAAGGAGCUAUUUUUUUAGGGAAAAGUUUAAUCAACUUAGAUAAUCUGAAUACUCUUAAAAUUAGUUUUGCAGUUCGAAAUUUCAUCAAAUCAGAGGGAGUUUAAGGAUUAGGAUAUGGAAUAGGGCUUUGUAAAAACCUUAAAAAUUUAGAUAUAAAUUUAAAAUUUAAUAGUAUAGGAGAGUCUGGUGCUUUAUUAUUGGGAUAAGGGAUUGGUAAAUCCUAAACUUUGGAAAGUAUAAUAAUCGAUUUAACUGCAAAUUAAAUAGGAGACAUAGGUCUAUCAGGUUUAUCAAGCUAAAUUGCUGAGCUAAAUACAUUAAAAAAUUUAAUUCUUUAUUUGCAAAUAAAUAAAAUAACUUUAGUUGAGUGCUCUGAAUUUGGUUUAAAUUUGAGUUAAUGUCUUAGUCUAAGCAAUUUAGAAUUGCAUUUAGAUCAAAGUAAUAUUUGCAAUGAAGGAGCAACCUUUAUAGGAUUAGGCUUAGGUUAAUCUUAAAGUUUAGUUAACUUAACUCUUAAUUUGAAGGAAUGUAAUAUCAAAGAGUCAGGUGGAUCAAGCUUAGGAAAAGGAAUAGGUUAGUGUAGUAAUCUUUAAAUAUUAAACUUAAACUUAAGUAGGAAUAUUAUUGGAAAUGAAGGAGUAUAAGGCAUUGGUAUAGGACUGAGCUUAUGCCAAAAAUUAACACAUUUAGAUAUAGAUUUAAGAGAAAAUAAUAUAGGAAGUGAUGGUGCUACUAUUUUUAGUGAGGGCUUAGGAUAAUGCAAAAAUCUUGAAAAUUUAACAUUGAGUUUAUAUCGUAAUCAAAUUGGAGAUACAGGAGCUAAAAAUUUAGGGAUAGGAUUAAAGCAGUACCAAAGAUUAGUCUAAGCAGUAUUAAACUUAAGCUAUAAUUAAAUAACUGGAUAAGGAGCAUUUGGCUUAAGCGAUGGAUUGAAAUAUUGCUCUAACUUAAAAGAUUUAACUAUAAGUUUGUAUCAUAACUAGAUAGAAAAUGAUGGAGCCUCUCAAUUUGGAAAUAACCUUGGUUAAUGCUAAAAUCUUACAAUUUUAAAUUUAAACUUGAGUAGAAACUCAAUUGGUGAUAAAGGAAUCCUUGGUUUUAGCUUAGGAAUUGGUUAAUCAAAAUAGCUAAAUACAUUUAUCUUAGACAUUUAGUUUAGUAAUAUAGAAUCUUAAGGGGCAUUCGAUUUAUUUAAUGGAUUAUCAAAUUGCUAAAAUCUACAAACUUUAUCUCUUUAAUUGACAUCGAACAAGAUAUCUGAUUAAGGUGUAACUGACAUAUCUAGAGUUUUGGUAAACUACUAAAACUUAAAGUCCUUGAAUUUAGGUUUAAGAGAUAACAAAAUAACUGGAUAAGGUACUUCUAAGUUGGCAUUUGCAAUCUUAGAAUGCAAAAAUCUUUAAGAACUGACUCUUAACUUAAUGUUAAAUAAAAUUGAUAAAUAAGGUAUUUCCAGUUUGUCUUUAGCAUUAUAAGAAAAUAUUAGCUUGUCUUAUUUAGAUGUUAAUUUGAACUCUUGCUUAAUUUCUAGCUAAAAUAUCGUUAAUUUUGCAUAAAAUAUAGCAUAGAUAAAGAACUUAAAAAUAUUAAAUAUUGAUUUAAGCAAUAAUAAGAUAAAUAAAGAAAAUUCAAAACAGAUGUAAAAGAUUCUAAAGAAAGCAAAAUGGUUAAUGAAUUUCAAAUUAGUUCUUUGA